AUUUACGGCCAAGGGUCUGGCCUGGACUGUAGGCACCACGUCCAGAAAUUAAACUUGCUGCAGGGUGAGGCAGUGGAAGCAGUUGGUUGGACAUCUCGGUGCAUAGAAGAAUCUGUAAAUGAGAGCAAAAAUAUAGCAGCCCAACAUGAAAACAGUUCACUCCAGCAGGCGGGAAGGGCAGAAGUCAGUCGCUGGAGUAAAUAUCUGGACAAGGACAGUGAAGAUCAGGAAGAUGGAGAGGAGGAGGCAGGUACAGAAAAGCAACAGUUCUUUUCCCAGAGGAAUAACACUGUGGAAGAACAAAGGAAACACCAGAAGAGCUUCCUCACCAGUGAUGUUCAGGAAUAUGCAGAAGAAAAUGGAGUUUUCCAGCUUGCCUACCAAGCCAAAAAGCGCAGGAAAUGCUUAGUAGCAGUGCCUGAUGAAGAUCAUGGAAAUGCUGUUCCUGCUGUCUGUGAGUCCACAGUACCCGAGGAGAAUACACAAGCCUCAACUGCUUGUACCAAACCCUCGAGGUGGGAAAAAUUUCUCUCAUGUUCUGACAGCCAUAGCAAAGAUGCUGUGAGGAUCACCAUGUCACCACAGGAGGGCAGUGGAAGGUUGGGGCUGCACAGCACCACUGCACCGCUUGCCUCAAAACCACUUGGCACCAUGGUGUCCAGCACCAGUUGCUCAGUUGAGGAGAAUGUGUUGUUCAAAGAACCUCAAAGCCAAUUGAUGAGGGCAGGAUCUGGUGUCUUAGAGACCACUGCAGGAAGGUGCUGUUUGGAUAGCACAAGGAGGGCAAACACCCUUGUUAACUGUAACGCUAGGCCAAAGCCUAGCAGUGUUUCUUGUGAACGCCUCUUCUGCACUGGUGAGGAGUUUGAUGAUGAUCUCUGA